GCGCUUUGCGACCGCGGCCUCUUCCGCGCGACAUCGGCGCUGCAGAUUCUGGGUGGCCUCGGCGAGGUCUUUGCAGAGGGCCUGACCGGCAUCAUUGGCGCCGCCGAAGCCUCGAGCGAGGUGGACGCAACGCUGGGAGACGGUGCAUUCAGCGGAACGGAGCCCGUGAACCGGGUGGAGGUGUUUAUCAGCCACACUUGGAGCUCGGGGCGCUGGCCGAAGUACCUGAGCAUGUGCUACUUUCUCAACUUGGGCAUAGCGGUGAAGUCGGCGCUCGUCUGCUGGGUGCUCGCCGUCGCCAGCCUUUGCAUCGUGCAGGCGUACAUGAGCGGCAUCUGCGACCGCUACUAUCUUUUUCCGCUGCUUAUCGAGCUCCCGGUGCUGGCCUUCUUUGUUUUCUUUUUCUUCGGCCAGCAUCUGACUGGCGGCUGCUUCGCGCCGUCCUUCUGGCUCGACAAACUAUGCAUCCACCAGACGAAGCAUGACCUCAAGGCGCAGCAAGUGGCCGCGCUGCCGGUUUUCGUCGCCAGGUCUACAAGGAUGCUCGUUCUCUGGGACGACACCUACUUCGAGAGGCUAUGGUGCAACAUGGAGAUGGCCACAUUCGCAAAGUACUCGGCCAGCCCAGAAAAGAUGGAAUUCUUGCCGCUGUGGCUUGCUCCGUGGAUGCUGUCUUCUGUUCUGCUGGACCUGCUGGGUGUCACCCUUGUCUGCUGCAUGCAGAGAUCCGCAAGCGGUGAAGGAUACGAAGACAGCAUUGAUGCUAUCGCGAAGCAUGGUGCAGAGCUCGUCGGAGGUUCCCGGAACGUGCGGACCUUCAUCCACAUGUUCUUGGAGGUCUUCCCCAGCUUCACGUGCUACCUCCCAGUCGCUUUGCCCACUCUCCUAUCCUUCAAAAGGAAGAUCCAAGGGCACGAGCUGAUGCUUGAGCAGAUGGCAAGCUUCGACCUGAAGAAUGCCAAGUGCUCCGUGGAAGAAGAUCGGCCACUGGUGGAGGAGCAAGUCGCCCUGCACUUCCAGCCGGAGAUAGACCACGAAGUCAUCGUCGCAGGCGCAGAUGGGGCCGCCGCCCCCGUCGAGGCUGUGGACUCGCAUGAAGAGGCGCUAGAGCGGUUCAACAACUACGUGCAGGGCCCGCUGCGAGCAGCAUGCUUGGACAGCAUUGGUGACCUACAGGAAGUGCCGUUGCACCUUUGCUACAUCUGCUUCCUGCCGAUGUCUUUCUAUGCUGCUGUCAAUGUCACUCCCUUCGCCUAUGGCGACUGCACCAUGUCAUACUCGACCAUGGGCUUUGACAGCCCGAAUCACUUGAUGCUUACCUUCGCCACCUGCUGGCUCUGCACACAGCUGCUUGUCUUCCCAGUGACAUUCCCGCUGCUCCUGCGUACGCUGCAACUCAUCGAAUCGACCUGCAGCAACACGGUCCUGCGGCUCCUUCUCGGCUCCCUUGGCAGCGCGUUCGCCUACGCUUACACAUUCUUCUGUGCCGGCACCAUCUGGGGCGUCACCACUGUCGUCAGUCAGAGGCGCAUGUUGAGUUCGUUGCUUUUUCGGAUUUAG